AUGUGGAGCGCGAUUUUUCUCACCCUAUUUUUAUGGCCGCACCUAUCGAUUGAUGCCCUACAAUCACCAUGGCGCCAACGAAGCCCGGACGACUGGAAUGGAAUCCCGUUCGAGCUUUUUGUGGACGACGACGACCCGGAAGCAUCGGCAAUCGGAAUGGAGUGGAAUAUGCCGGAGCUCGGCUUCGAUGGUAUUACCGAUCCGUUCGCCAAAAACGCUGCGAAUCCGGUUUACGAGUUUGACUACGGCGACUUUGGGGAUCAGCCUCCAGCUGAACAAGCCCGAAAAAGCCCGACACCUGAAAGGCGCCCUCCAAGUCCAGAUGAACUAGUAGAAGUAAAGCCGUCCGGAACUCGCAGAAGACAUCGAAAGGCACUCUCAGAGUUCGUAACCCGCUCAGAUUCCCCCUCCACCGAUCCUGACCACAAAAAGAAAAAUGACGCGGCGCUGAGGGAGAAUUUGAAACUACGCCAAUACACCGGUGUUCUAAAUUCCUGGUCGACGGACCUGGACGGUUUCCACAAAUUCGCCAUCGAGAAGGGCCGGACGCAGUUGAUGCCAUUUCUCGCGAACAACCUAGUCGAUCGCCAGUUACUCGACAAGUUGCGGAAGCAACUGGAACGCCACCCCGAGGUGAUGGACUUUAACGAGUUCCAGGAUACGGCACUGUAUCGGAGACUGCGAAAGCAGGGCCAUGAUCCAGCCGCGAUGAAAAUGAUUUUUGAUAGUGUGCCGCAGCAUGUUCGGGAGGAGGGUACUGCUAAUUUUAAAAUACUGAAUACCGUUCUUAGUGGCCCAGUUCCAGCGCGACGUGCCGGACGUCAGAAAGCGAUUCGCAAAGCUGUCCAACGAAUUACAUCCAGGAAAGUU